AUGCCACCGUCGGCGGCGAUGGCGGCCCUGGCCAAUGCCCAGCAGCAGCCUUCCUGGGGCGGCGAGCCAGCCGCAGCUGCUCAGGCAAACCAUUGGUUCGGCGCUCUGCCGCCUCGCUCGCUUGACGGGCCCACGGCCGCUGGCGGCGUUCAAGAUGACGCCUCCACAGCGCUUGCUAGUGCUGCUGCACCAGUGGCGUCGUUUGCGGCCCCGUAUGGUGAGAACGCCGGCGUCCCUCGCGCAGCGCUGCCAUCGUCUUUACCUUCUUCGGCUGGGGUCUCUCGGGUGCAGGCUGGAACGCCGAUAACCACCAUUCCAUUUGGGAAAUCACUUCAGCUGAACGUGGAGGAGGUGGACACGAACCCGUCGUCAGAGCCUGUGCCGCUUCAACUGCAGUGCCUGAAGCGCCGCUCCAGGAAAGCGGUGGCAGACUCCAUCCUGCUGCCCCGCCACAUCAACAGGCUCUUCCACAAAAUCAUGGGAUGGUCCGAGGAGCUGGUUGACCUAGAGGCGGAGAAGGACUCGCUCUCGCCGGAGCAGGUGGGUGCGUCCGAGCCGCAAGGCGGAAGUCCGCGCGCGUUACGCAAAAAAGCGGAAAAUUUGACGGACAAGAUGAAGUAUGGCGUUCUCCUCGACGCAUACGAAAAGGACCGGUUUGCCAUCGAUCAUCAGCUGGAGAUUGCCGGCGACAAGAUGGAGCGCAAGAUGCUGGAAUGGGAGGGGAUGCAUGUCCUGGACCAGGACGCUGCUGCGGAGAUGGCGCACGUGCUGGAGAACAAGGCAUCUAUCGUCAUGGAGGCUCCUUCGUCGUUUCACGUUCCAGUGCCUGGCCGCGACUGCUGCACAGGGUGCGGGGCGCUUUUGCAGAACGUUAGUGAUGAUGCCUUCGGCUACGUUCAGCCGGGCGAGAUCGAAAAGUACGUGGCUCAGCGGAACGAGAAGGCGCAGCUCCGCCAUGAGUACGCGGCUCGCAUGGCAGAGCUGCAGGCGCACUGGGAGAAGCACGGCCGUCAUGUCGGCGAGGAGUGGCUGGACUUCAUGACGCAGGAGGAGUUUGAUGCCUUUUACCGUGACACGCCGCGCCCCUUCACUUGCCACCGCUGCCACGCCUUGGAAAACCUCGGCGUGGAGGGGCGUCGCAAGGUUUGGUCUGCCCCGGACUUCACGGACCAGCUCCGCGCCCUCAAGGAAAAAAAGUGUGUGGUCGUCUUGGUCGUGGAUAUCACGGACUUUCCAGGGUCGAUGGUGUACGAUUUGCCCGGUCUGAUCAGCAUGAAUAAUCCAGUCAUUAUCGCAGUGAAUAAGAUGGACUGCAUCCGGAAUCGCUCUUUCAACUACGCCGGCAAGGAUCGCAGCGUUGCAGCGUGCUUGGUGCCCGAGAGCUACGUGCGCCGUUGGGUGAUGGACAUUGCGGUGCAAUUUGGGCUACCGCAGCAUCAAAUCAAAAAAGUGGUACCUCUCUCUGCAAAGCGGGGCUGGGGCAUCACGCACCUGAUCAGCGCCAUCGAGGACGCGGCCAAUUUGAACCUGCGUCGCCCCCACAAGCCCCUGCCCACCUACUUUGUCGGCGUGGCAAACGUGGGCAAGUCUUCUGUUAUUAAUGCCAUGGCGCACGCUCUUUACGUGCCUCAACCCCCACACCCGGAGAGCCGAAAAGUGUACUACACAAAGACCGACGCACAGGGGAAGAAGGCUGUCUUUUGGCGUUGGUACACUCCCCCUAACGUGAAUCAAGCAGAGAUGCUGGACAUUAGGGGCCGGCACGACAAGAAGGCGUCUAAGCUGAUGACGGUAUCUUCCCUGCCCGGCACCACAGUUGCCGUUAACGCAGUUCGACUCUCUCUCGGACCCACACCGCAUGCCGUAAAGCAGGAGCAGCAGCGACUUUCGGAGAGCGCAGCCGCGCCUGGGAAACCGGACGACGUUGCCGGGACACAGACCUACAUCUACGACACACCAGGGCUCCUCCCUCACUGGCACGAACGUUCUCUUCUCACCCUGCUGCAGAUGCGCCGCACGCUUAUUCGAAAGUUUCGCAACCCGCAGUGCUUUCUCCUGCUGCCAGGACACACACUGUUCCUUGGCGGGCUCGCCGCCGUCGAUGUCGUGCGCGGUCCGCCGCGAGGGCUGCUCUUUCUUGUCUACACGUCUCAGAAGGUGCGGAAUGCUAUUGUGAAUACAGUGCAGUCCGAUGCGUUCUGGCGAGAGCAGCUGGGCAAAGCGCUGGACCCUCCCGGCUCGUAUGAGCAGCUGCUUCCGCUGGACGACCUCAGCUCCGCAGCUGGCCCGCCUCGGCUCUCCGAGACAAGGAGCUACCUCUUCGAGUGCUAUGGGCGUCACCGGCGGCGCCCCAAGGCUGAUCUGUACGUGUGCGGUCUCGGCUGGACUUCGUUCUGCGUCAGUGAGCCCGCGGACGUUGUCUUGCGCGUGCGCACGUUACCCGGGGUUGUCCACGGCGUGCGCGAGCCUUUGCGGUUCAAAGACCUUCUUGCACGACGGGCAUGGCCAAAGCUGAAGCGACGCUUCACCGCCAAAGGGAUCGAAGAUAUGGAGAGCGACGUCGAUAGCGACUCCAUCAAUACUGUGGUGCGCCUCAUAUCUGCACCAGUGACGCCAGCACCCGCUGCGUCUGCGGAUGAGCCUGCUGAAGCAAGCGUGCGCACGGUUGAGCGGGUGGCGCAUCCUCGCCAUCACUCCGCUUCGUCCGCCCCCUUCGCGGCGUUGAAAGAAGACCUGCACGCCGCCGGGAGACUGUAG